AUGCCCAAGUCCUUAAUCCCUAAGAUUCGUCUUUCCGGGGCUUUCCGGGCUACCAAAGUCCAGCCAGGCGUGGCCUAUUCACGACAUCCUCUCUCCAGUCGCCAAGUCGUGGAGGAACUUGUGGCUCAACGCAUCGCUCAGCCAUGCGUACCAGCUGAAUUACAUGUUCGCAACUUGACCUCCUUGGUGGAUUGGGUCAUGGGUGGAGUUGUCUGGUUGACUGUUCCGCCACCAAAACCUCGUGUUGACGUAGAUUACUCGCCCAUCCUAGUGCACCUUAUUAGUAAUUCGUAA